GUUCCUGUUGCUCAUGGCGCUGAGUUGCUGUGUCUGUGGAACAUUAGUAGUGAAUGUGACUCACACCUCCUAUCAGGCAGAGGAGAACCAGAACAUCACACUGGAGUGGACCUUCACACCAGAACCUGACCGCUCAACACAAUGUCUCUCUGUCUACUGUGACAUGUACACUGAUCACAAACACUCAAUCCUGUUUCAUUUCCAUGAAGGAGACGAGGUCCCAGAGUCUCAGAGUGCAGAGUUUUCAGGACGAGUCCAGUGUGACAAAGACGUCCUCAGAGAGGGACGAAUCAGGCUUCAUGUGUCCUCACUCAGGACUGAAGACUCAGGCCGGUACAGGUGUGAAGUGUUUACUAACGCUGGUGUCAGCUGGGCCCGAUGUCAUCUCAAUGUGACUGCAGCUGUUCAUGAGCCUGAAGAUCAGAGACCAACAGAAAGACCAGAACCAGUAGAUCAGAGACCAACAGAGAGACCAGAACCAGGAGAUCAUAAAACAUAUCUGCUAACAUAUGAGGCACUGUCAGACAGCAGCUAACGUUAUUACUCCGGCUAAAGAACAUUCACACUCACUCAAAUGUGUCCAAGAUGUUUGUUUAUAUCCCUGACUUAAAAAUCAAACACUAUCAGGUGGUUAGAUUAGCUGAAAUGGGGUUAAAAAGUGACGUUAGCUGUUGCCAAAUGUGUUCCUGCAGAGUUGUAUUAUAACUGUCUAUUCUUGACUACUAUCAGAAACUAUCCACAUAUUUUAUCAUGUCCUGUAAGCAUGCAACGCAAAGCACUGUUUCCUGCAGUGUCCUGCAGAGCGAUGCAAAGUAACACAAUGCAAUGCACACGAUGACGCGACCUUAAGGGCCUUAAGCAUCCAUUAUUAUGCAAAUGUAUGCAGAACUCUUGGCUAUACUAUCUACAACACCAAUGAAUUACAAAAAAAAUCCACCCUCAUUUUAAACCAGACUGUAAACAUGUUUGAUUCUGAGGUAAAUGGCAUUUUAACAUGGGUGUUA